CGAUGAAAUUGCUAUUUAAGCUUAAAAUAAAUCCUACCAUUCAAUUAUAAAAAAAAUCAACAAAAAAUUUUUUUGGUAAAAUAUGGAAAUGAGCAACCAGAAAAAACGAAAAAUCCUAUUUGCACCCAUCAAUGGUGUUGGUCAUGUAAAUGCCUGUAUUAGUAUUGCUAAACCAUUAUUCGAUCGUGGUCAUCGUAUUGGAUUUUUUGUUGAAACUACUUAUAAUGGAAAUCUAAAAGAACUGGGUUUUGAAGAAUAUUAUUAUGAACCAUUUUUUUAUAUGAAACAUAAAAAUAAUGAAGAUGAAGAUAAUGAUAAAACCAAUUUGGAAAAUAUUCAAAAUCCAGGUGAAUCAACAGCACAAUGGUUAAUUGAUAAAAAAAUUAUUGGUAAACAAGAUCCAUUUGAGCAAUUGCAAAAAUUUACUGAAAAACCUGAUCAAUAUUUAUUGGAAAAACGUUUAGAAGAUAUUGAAAAAUUUAAACAAGUUAUUAAAACAUUUAAACCAGAUUUAUUUAUGAUUGAUCAUUUAAUGUUGGAACCAAUUAUUGAUUGUUCGGGUAAACCAUGGAUAAAGAUUAUUAGUACAACACCAUUAUUACAUUUAUAUGAUUUUGAUCAUCUACCACCGGCAUGGACAGGAUUAUCAUCUGAUUCCGAUCGAAAAGAAUGGCCAAAAUAUCGUGAAAUAAUCGAUCAACUUAUAUUUAAUAAAGAUUUUAAUGAUUUUAAUGAACAAAAUGGUUAUAGACGAUAUGAAAAUGAUUUACUAAUGCCACCAACUCAAGCAUUGACAAUUUAUGCCUAUCCAGAAGAAUAUAAUUACCCGGAAAUCAAAGAAUAUCAUCCGGAUUGGUUUAAUUUAGAAGUUUUCAAUAAAAAUGAAUCAGGUGAAAAAAUUGAUUUGAAAGAAUUUUUACCAAAAGAUUUCUAUGAAAAUGAUUUGAAUGGAAAUUGGUCGGGUAAAUGGAUUUAUGUUUCGAUGGGUUCAAUGGGAUCAGUAGAUUUGAAUCUGAUGCAUCGUUUGAUUGAAGUUUUAUCUAAAACUAAUCAUAAAUACAUUGUAUCGAAAGGACCACGCCAUGAAGAAUAUGAAUUAACUGGUAAUCUAUGGGGUGAUCGUUAUUUACCGCAGGUAAAAAUUCUACCUGUUGUUGAUUUAGUCAUUACACAUGGUGGUAAUAAUAGUGUUACUGAAACAUUUGCACAAGGUAAACCAAUGAUUAUUAUGCCAUUGUUUGCUGAUCAACAUGAUAAUGCACAACGAUUAUCGGAAACAAAUUGGGCAAUCAAAAUACCGCCAUAUGAUUUUACUGAU